GUGUAUCAGCUGAGCCCGAUCACGUGGCCCCGUGUCGAAGGUCAGUCCAUGCACAAUGGAGCUGCCAGAGUAUGCACUGAAAGGAUUGCAAUUGCUGGCCGAUCCCAGCCACUUCUCCGACAAAACCUUCCACAUUUUAGUGGAAGCGGCUUUCGAGAGCCUCCUAAACCCGCAAACAGACGGAGCGACAUUGGAUCAUGCAGAGCUGGGAAAUGUGGACUUGACUUUGGUGAAACAAUGCAAUGUAGCCAUUGCAACAUGUGUUUUGGAGGCUGGAAAACACAACGCCGACGCGUCGACUAUAAGCACGGUACUGGAAGACUGCAGGCUGGGAGGAGAAAGAAUAGACUUAUUUUGUGCAACAUACCAGAAGAACAAAGAUAAAGUGGAAAGCCUACUUGGAGGCUUGGCGAGAUAUCCUUCACAUAUCAUUGAUGCUUCUUGGCGAUUGGAAUAUCACAUUAGGAAUAACCAUCUGCAUAAAGUUAAUCAACCAGCAUAUUUGUUGACCUUGAAUGUGGAGAAUGGAUCCCGACCAGCUCAGGAUGUUACUUUCAGUUGUACAAUGGAGCAAUUGCAGGAUCUUUUGGGGAAGUUGAAGGACGCGGCUAAAAGCAUGGAGAAGGCGAGUCAAAUUUGCUUUGUCUUACUGCGAAUUUCCAUCGAUCCCGACGCGUCUUGGAGCCGCCUUUCAGAACGCGGCCAUUUUAGUUCGAAAAUGCACCGAACAACACGAAUCAAAAUAACCGAACUAAAUCCUCACUUGAUGUGUGUGUUGUGUGGAGGUUACUUCAUCGAUGCGACAACCAUCAUCGAGUGUCUACAUUCAUUUUGCAAGACCUGCAUUGUCCGUUACUUGGAAACGAGCAAGUACUGUCCCAUUUGCGAUGUACAAGUACACAAAACGAGGCCCCUUCUUAACAUUAGGUCCGAUAAAACUUUACAAGACAUUGUAUAUAAAUUAGUUCCUGGCCUUUUCAAAGAUGAAAUGAAACGUAGGAGGGACUUCUAUGCUGCUCAUCCCUCUGCUGACGCAGCAAAUGGCUCUAAUGAAGACAGGGGAGAAGUCACAGAAGAAGAAAAGAGGAUUAUAACAGAUGAUGAAAUCAUUAGUUUGUCAAUUGAAUUCUAUGAACAAAAUAAGACUGAACGAAAAGGCGCUGCAGAAAAAGAGAAAGCGAAAGAUGAGAUGAAUGACAAGAGAUAUUUGCGCUGUCCAGCAGCCAUGACUGUGAUGCAUUUAAGAAAAUUCCUGAGGAGUAAAAUGGACAUCCCUCAUGCCUUCCAGAUUGACGUUAUGUAUGAAGAUGAACCAUUGAAAGAUUAUUACACUCUUAUGGAUAUUGCCUAUAUUUACACAUGGAGGAGGAAUGGACCACUUCCUCUGAAAUAUCGAGUGAGGCAAACAUGCAAAAGAAUUAAGAUCGGGAUUCAACAAGAUGGAGUAAAUAACACCAGUGGAGAUUUAGAAAGUGACUCUGGAAGUGACAAGGCUAAUAGCCCAGCUGCUGCACCAUCCACAUCCUCAUCACUGCCCAGUCCCUGCACUCCAGGGCAGUCUCCUCAUUCACACUUCCCUCAUAUAUCAACAACUAUGAAUGGGUCCUCCAAUACCAACCAUCAAAUUCCAUUCAGCAAAAACAGGCCACGGAAACCAUCUGUCAAUGGCUCUUCAGUGUCUUCAGGCUGACAAUAUUCAUCAAAAAGAUGCAAUGACAAUAGAUACCUGAAGAUCUGUUCAUACAUCUGAUAAUAUAUAGAAAUGCUUAGCAUUGUGAUCAUCAUUAACAUCACUGUUCUGUAGUGAGUGGAUAUCUGGUUCAGAACAAAAGAAAUACGUGGCUUUACCACAACUGGAUAUGACAGUCAAUUAUUUCUAGAAGACGGCUUUCAAGUUUCAGGGGAUGCCUAUCUUCAAUGGAUCUACAUCACUGAAAUGUGUAUUGCAAAGAUUUGAGGAGAUAUUUACACUUAUUAUCAUUGGAUUUAAUUAACUGCAACAAAGACCCUAUUCUGAAUGUGGAAAAUGAAAGAAGAAAAGCUGGACAGGAUAUUAUUGUAAAGAUAUAAGCAUUGGAAGAUAAUUUGUAUAGUUUAAUCGCAUUGAAGUUUACUAUAACUGUAUAUCAACAUACUUUUAAUUUUGCCAAACAUAGGCAUUGUGAUAUUGGCUGUACAGAUUACAUAUAAAAGGAUAGUGAUUUUUCACAAAGAUACACACUGAAAAUGAAUUUUAAGAGAAAUGAAAGUUAGAAAGAUGUAUUCUUUGUAGCCAUUUCACUGUGAAAACUGACUGACAAUAGAUGUUGACAUCUUUGGUUGUUAAAUGUUUUCCUGCAACAUUAGUAUGCGUACUCCAAGAAAGUACUGAAGUGAGCAACUCAGAAUAACAUUGUUUAAUGAUAAAUAAUUUCAUACUGAAAGUGGGAUGGUGUAAGUGACUUGCGUGUAGAAUAAUAAUAUUUACGACACUUAGUGAUUCUAUUGAUUAAUUAAUUUCCCCGAUCUUAAGAAAUGCUUAAGUACAUUCAAAGGUCAAGUAUGUACAUAUGGUUGCUAAACAUCCAACAAAUCCACCGUACUACACAUUAGCACAUACUACCUUUGGUAAUUCAGAUAAUUAUUUCCAAAUAUCCUGCCCCUGUAUAUUGCCACAAGUAAAUAAUGUGUAUUAAGGUAUAUAUAAAUGUUUUGUUUGAAAUGUU